GGAUCGACGCCUACAACACAGCGACCGCCGGCAUAUUGUGUUAUUUUCGACUGCGCAAUCACGCACACUUCGUCAGUCUGCUUUUUGCUAUUUUUCCACAUUUUCUAGGCCACACUAGAAGUAGAAGUUCUGGUAAUUAUCAUGGAGAAAGUCAACAUAUUGGAUCUUUCUGAGUUGUACAGGCCUGAACCUGAAGCACAAAAGAGGAAACAAGCGUACAGGAAUUUUGAUGAGAAUAAAGAAAGUGACAAUUCGCACAUUAAGCGUGUCCAGGAGACGUACAAACUCAUGCACACGUAUCAGACAGUGGAAUUUGUAUCUCAAAAGCGUGAUAAGUGGGGUCAACUAAAUAAAGCUGAGAUGAAUGUGAUGCAAGCACUAGAAUUUCUCAACAACUUGGUUGAUGAGAGUGAUCCUGAUGUUGAUGUACCAAAUAUAUAUCAUGCAUAUCAAACUGCUGAAAGAAUUCGUGCCAGGCACCCUGACAAGGACUGGUUUCAUCUAACUGGUUUGAUUCAUGAUUUAGGAAAAGUCUUAGCGCUGUGGGGAGAGCCCCAGUGGUCUGUUGUUGGUGAUACCUUCCCUGUGGGAUGUGAAUAUGGCAAUUCCAUCGUAUACAAAAAUACCAGUUUUGUUGAUAACCCAGACUUGAAGGACCCUAGAUAUAACACCAAGUACGGUAUUUAUGAAGAAAAUUGCGGCUUGGAUGAUAUUAUCAUGUCUUGGGGGCAUGAUGAAUACAUGUACCAAGUACUGGUGGGCAACAAAACAACACUACCUGAAGAG